AUGGGGAAAAACGUUCGUGCACGUGUCCUGGCGGCUGCGGAAGUAGGCGAUAACUGGCGGCAAGUUGCGGCUCAUAACGGUGUCGCCGUAGAGACUGCACGAGGUUGGGUGCGUCGCGCAAAACGUUUGGGUGACUUUACGCCCGCUCCGGACAAGAGAGGUGGGGCACACAACAGGAAGCUCAAGCCUGCUAAAGUGGCGUUUCUGGAGGAGAGUUUGGAAGAGAACUGCUAUCUAACGCUGGAGCAGAUGAGGAGAUGCUGCUCGACCGCUUUAACAUCAACGUCGCGGCCGAGACUGUGCGAGCUAACCUAG